AACUGACAAGUAGAAGUCUAGUCUGUGGUGUCUGGUGAUUUUUGUAAAAUAUAAAUAUUUAUUUCUAUUUACUAUUUAGAUAAAUUGUUACUAAUUUGAAACAAAACCAGAUAGACUUGACCAAAAUACUAAUAAUUAUAUAUUGACGAUGGACUUUGAAAGUCCUGAUGUAGAAAAAGACUUUCCAGGCCUAUACGCUUCAGAAAGUGGACGGAAAAGCAAUGAAAGUGACUUUAGUGACGGAGGUGAACAUGAGAAACCUAGCAAAAAAGAUUUGUUAGGACGACGCAAAGACAAGAAAGAGUCAAAGAAAGAUAGGGGUUAUGCUGCUUUAGAAGGUGAAAGUUCUCCGGAAGAAGAUACUGACACAAAAAGUCCUUCUAAAACAAAGAAAACAAAAUCAUUCAAGUUUCCAACAAAAAGUAAGGAGAAAAGAGAAAAGUCUAGAGACAAAGAGAAGGUUCUAGAAGAUGCAGCUAAGCAGAAAGAACUGAGUGAAAAGGAAAAGAAAAAGGAAAGAGAGAGAGAAAAAGAAAGGGAGAAAGAGAAAAAAGAGAAAGAAAAGCGAGAAAAGUUAAGGGAGAAAGACAAGGAGAAAGAAGAAAAGGCGAAAUUUAAACUCGAGUCGAAAGAGAAAUUGAAAGAUGACAAAAAAGAAAAGGUCAAAGAGAAAGACAAGGACAAAGUCAAAGAUAAAGAAAAGGAGAAAGUAAAGGAGAAGGAAAAAGAGAAAGUCAAAGAAAAAGAUAAAGAUAAAAAAGAUAAGAAACUGACGAAAGUGCCGUCCACCGUCACAUCGGGAGUGCCUUUUGAGGAAAUAUUUACUCUUGGAGUCGCUCUGCCAAUAUUCGGGGUGCCGCUGCAGCAGUCGGUGGAACGCUCCCGAUGUCACGACGACACCGGCCUACCGCUCGUGGUGCGGGACAGCAUCGACUUCUUACAAGCGCAUGGUCUGAAGUCCAACCAGAUAUACCGAGCGGAGCCGGACAAGAUCAAGUUGCAGCAGCUGCGCAAACUGUUCACAGACCGCGGGCCCACCUUCCCCUACCACUGGGACGUGGCGGUGGCGUGCGCCAUGCUGAAGAGCUUCAUCAGUGAACUACCAGACUCGAUCUUAACGCAAGAACUGCACGGUCAGUUCGAGCAAGCGACGGCCAUAGCCGAGCCUCAGAAGGAGGCGACUAUGGUGGCGCUCGUGAGCAAACUGCCGGCCUGCAACCACAGCCUGCUCGGCUGGCUCAUGAGGCACUUCGAGCAAGUCCUCGCUAACGAACAGACCAACCACGCGAGCCUGCAGACGAUAGCGACCGCCAUGGGCCCCGCGCUCAACAUGUCGCUCAACCUGCUCACGUACCUCAUCACCAAAGCCGACAAGCUGUUCCCUGAAGUUCGCCUAACCAAAUACGUCCCACCGCUGCAGUCGAUCCCGUCGGACUUCCCCGAGACGGCCAACGAGCUGAGCGAGGAGCUGCGCAAGCAGGAGUCGCUGCUGAACCAGAUCCACGCGGAGAUGCACGCCGGGUUCAUCACCGCCGCGCGCGACCAGCAGCUGUGGGAGGCGCAGCGGAUCGUCACGCAGCUCAAGAGGAAACUGCGAUCCGUUCAAAAAUCAGUUGAACCGACCGCAGCGCCCAGUUCACUACAGCAACUGCCAGACGAUAAAUUCGACGACGAAUUGGCGAGACGGAAUUCACAACCCAACGAUGUACCAAAACCCAUAGAACUACCCCCUACUAAUCCUAUAGCACCAAAAGAGGCAGAAGCACUAACACCCCUAAACAUCAACGAACCAUUCCAAGACACUAAAGAAUCUCCCAAUACAGACGUAUUCCCAGUAGAAUUCGAAGAUAAUUUCGACUUCAAACCUGUAGAAGCAAAAGAUGAAAUUGAUACACCAGAGAAAUUGGUAGAAAAACCAAAAUUCACAGAAAAAGAACUCAAAGUUUUGAGGUUACAAUUGGAGAAUGCAGAAUACUUGCAAUUGAAAUCUUUGCUGCAAGCCAAGAUAAAUUCGGAGCAAUUUGAAAUUGUCAAAUUGAGAAGUCACGUUGCAUUGAAGAAUAAACAAGAAGGCAAUGUCCAGUGCAAGGAGAGUAAGGAGAAUAAAGAGAAUUUCACACCAGAAGAGCAGGAGUUGAAGCAGAAGUUGAUGAAAGAGAACGCCAUGUUGGAACAGAAGAGACUGAAUCUAGUGAACCAGAUAUUUCAAGAGAGAGUUGCGUGUAUACAACUGAAGAUAGAGUUGGCUAUGAAAGAGAUUAUGUCUAAAUCGUAGACAUAGAUUUUAAAAAAUAACAUGAAUAGUUUAGAAAACUAAAAAACACGCUUGAUACCUAUAUCAUGGGGGUGGAUAUCAAAUAGCCUGUCCGCCAUCUUGGACGUCCGCCAUAUUGGAUUUAAGUCACGUGACUAUUUUUUUCGUAUUCCUGACAGCAAAUCCUUUCAUUUGAUAUCCAUAUCAUGGGGGUGGAUUUCAAAUAGCCUGUCCGCCAUCUUGGACGUCCGCCAUAUUGGAUUUAAGUCACGUGACUAUUUUUUUCGUAUUCCUGACAGCAAAUCCUUUCAUUUGAUAUCCAUAUCAUGGGGUGGAUUUCAAAUAGCCUUUCCGCCAUUUUGGACGUCCGCCAUAUUGGAUUUAAGAGUCACGUGACUAUUUUUUUCAUAUUCCUGACAGCAAACCCAAAAAAGGGGUGUGGAUUUUCAUCCUCCUCCUCCAAGUUAGCCCGCUUCCAUCUUAGACUGCAUCAUCACUUACCAUCAGGUGAGAUUGUAGUCAAGGGCUAACUUGUAAAGAAUAAAAAAAAAAAAAAAAAAAAAAAAAACCCUUCAUUUGAUAUGCUAGGAUUCCAAGAUCUUCUUAAAUACAUAGAUACAUGUGAAGCUAAUAUAAGCGUGUCAAUGAAACUUAAAUGAACAGUGAAAAAUGAGUUUUGUAUUAUUUUUGGCCAAAAAACUGCAGUCGAAACUAUAUUUUUGGCCAUAACUGGCCGAAAACGAACCUGCGAUCGGACUCUAGUUUUAGCAUUAAAAAUCAAUCAAUUCGAUCUGAAUUAGGAUUCAAAAUUUAAAUUUAAUGGCGAAGUAGAAAAAAUCAAAAUUGAUAUUGUCAAAUUUCAUUUUUUCUACUUCGCCUUCUGAUUUUUUCUACUUCGCCUCGCGCUUCUUUAAAUAGUAUACAACAAAGUCGCUUACCGUGUGUUUACGCUUAAAUUUUUAUAUAUAUAAAACGGAUAAAGUCUCGGGCAUUUGCUAGUAUUGUAUAAUAGGCUAGUUGACACUUUUUUUAUUGGUCUUAAAUUGUUCAUUAUCGUUCUAGUAGAUUGAAAAAAAAAUGUCAUAUAUUUUUAGGACGUGAAUAAAUUUUAUUUUUUUGACCUUAAGAACCAAAACGUUGUCGGCCAUUAAGGUCUAUAUUUUACCGUUUCAUGACGUCACGUAAACACUAAACCUUAACCAAACGGUUUCAAAAUUAUUAAUUAGUUUAUUUAGUACUGUAAUAAGUAACACUGUGACGUCACAAAAUGGACGUUUAUGACGUUUGGAAAAAUUGAUAAAAUACAUAAUUUUCUAUGAAAUCCAUAACUUUUAUUAACUAUUAUCGAUAUAUUUUGGACCCUUAUUCCGUGUACUAUACGAAAUUAGUAUUGUUUAUAUUAAAUUGUAUACACGUCAACUAUCCUAUUAUGAAAGUGGAUAUAAAUAGAGACAGUAAAUAAAAGCCAAUUGGUUAUUUUCCAAUACUAAUAAUUAUUACAUAAUUGAUAACUCGCUGCGCUCUCACUCGGUGUCAAGUGACGAUAAAACUGUUUAAUUAACAAAUCAGCAUUAAUCAGACAUUCAUUUAAACUCUCUUAUUUUACAUAACAUUGUAAAGGCGAAAGUUUUUGUAUGUAAGUUUGUAUGUAACUCCAUUACACCGCAACUACUAAACCGAUUUGGAUGAAAUUUAAAUUGCAGGUAGGUGUAUUAUCACAGUCUAUUUGUUUUCCGAAAAAUCCAUUGUUCCCGCGGGAUUUGUGAAAAA